CCGCCAAGACAGCCUCUAUAGAACGUCGAAGAGGGUCACUUCUACAGCUGCAUCGCAGGAUUCACCCCAAUUAAGACUACACACGAUUUAUCCAUCAAGGCAACAGACAUAUAAAACGAUACAUUCCCUCGUCGCCCAACAUACCAUGAACUUUCAACAGCAGCCCUCAACCACAACUCACAUUGAAAGAAAGUCCGAUCUACUUAAACAUCAAAACCCACCUUACCUUCCAAUUCCACCUCAACCUACCUCUCAACCUACCUCAAAAUGCCAUCCCUCACCACCACACUCACCACCCUCACCCUCCUAACCCUAACCAUCGCAACAACCACCCCCCAAAACCGCGCCAACAAAAACAUCAUCAUAAACAACAGCAACAACAACUGUCCCGGCGUAACCUUCGUCCACACCAACUCCCAGGGCUGCUGCGUCGGCGGCAGCGUCGACCAGCCGUAUCUCUCCGUCUGCAAGGGCUGGCCCGUAUGUCAAGGGCCAACGACGACGACCUGGGUCGCUACGCCGAUUAGUUGUGCCACGAUCGUUACCGAUGGCCCGGAUUACGACAAGCAGAUUGAGAGUGCGAGGGAGAGUCUGAGUAAGAGUGGGACUAGGCUUGUUACGCCGCUUGAUGGGGGGGUGACGCAGACGGGUACGGCUACGGCUACGGCUGAGACGGGACAGAGUGGGAGUGGAGUUGCUACGGAGACGGGGUCGGCGGGUGGCAGUACGACGACGGGGGCUGCGGCUGCGGCUGCGACUUCUGAGGGUGUGGCGGCGGGGUUGGUGGUUGGGAUGGGCGGUGCGAGGGGUGCGGUUUUGGGGUUGCUUGCUGCUUUGCUUUGAACGGGGUAAGGGCGGAGGGGUGUUUUAUGUCUUCGGUUCUUAGUGAUUUGGAUUUUGGGGAAGAUACUUUGUGGUUGUAGGUUUAAUUGUUGAUAGCUCUGUUAUUGUACCUAGGUGGAUAAGGGCUGUUGUUAAUUUUCAAAAUAUUGACGAUCG